UCUCAUUCAGAGCAUCCUUCCGUCAUGGCGUCUGUCUGGGCUCAAUCCCUCGUUAACCUGCCGGCCCUGUCUGUUUUCAUCCUCCUGCUGAUAUGUCUGCCACCCGGGGGAGGACAGAAGAAGAAGGAGAACAUGCUGUCGGAGAAGGUUGACCAGAUGAUGGAGUGGUCCUCUCGGCGUUCGGUCGUCCGGAUGAACGGGGACAAAUUCCGCCGCUUCGUGAAGGCCCCGCCCAGGAACUACUCUGUCAUCGUCAUGUUUACUGCCCUGCAGCCCCAGAGGCAGUGUUCUGUCUGCAGGCAGGCGAACGAGGAGUACCAGGUCCUGGCAAACUCGUGGCGUUACUCCUCUGCCUUUUCCAACAAGCUCUUCUUCACUGUAGUGGACUACGAUGAGGGAGCCGAUGUUUUCCAACAGUUGAACAUGAACAGCGCUCCGACCUUCAUGCAUUUCCCGGCCAAGGGAAAGCCCAGGAGAGCCGAUACGUUUGACCUGCAAAGGAUCGGCUUUGCCUCAGAGCAGCUGGCCAAGUGGAUCGCGGACCGCACAGAUGUUCAGAUCCGUGUCUUCCGUCCUCCUAAUUAUUCAGGCACUAUUGCUUUGGCUCUGCUGGUGUCACUGGUUGGAGGUCUGUUGUAUCUGAGGAGGAACAACUUGGAAUUCAUAUACAACAAGACUGGAUGGGCUAUGGCUGCACUGUGUGUCGUUUUUGCGAUGACAUCCGGUCAGAUGUGGAAUCACAUCCGAGGUCCUCCCUACGCCCACAAGAACCCCCAGAAUGGACAAGUGAGUUAUAUUCAUGGCAGCAGUCAGGCUCAGUUUGUGGCUGAGUCUCACAUCAUCCUUCUUCUGAAUGCUGCAAUCACCAUGGGGAUGGUGCUGCUAAAUGAGGCUGCCACCUCCAAGGGAGAUGUUGGCAAGAGGAGAAUCAUCUGCCUGGUUGGCCUUGGCCUGGUGGUGUUUUUCUUCAGCUUCCUGCUCUCCAUUUUCAGGUCCAAGUACCAUGGAUACCCCUACAGCUUCCUUAUUAAGUGAAAAAAAGGCUGAAGAGGAGGUCAGCAGAUGGCGAAGAGGCGAGAGGUUAGAAGAAGAGGAGUCGACAAGAUACUUGAAGAGGAGGAGGCAGCGUCAAUAUUAAGUCUAGAGGGCAUGGUGGAGUUUCUUUUUUUGUGUGUUGUUUUUUAUUCACUCCUAUCAUAAACUCUGCUAGUUGAAUAGAAAAUAAAUUAUUCCUUCUUACACUGGAAAAUAAAGGUGUUUGGCAUGUC